GUGGCAUCACUGCAUUAAUGUCAAAAGUGACUAACCCAAUCGGAGCAUUUUCCAUCAGUUUUCUAGUGUGGUUAUUUUUGCCAUUUUUCUACGAUUUAAAAACAAAGAAAUAUCUAUUAAAGAAUUAUAAUGGCAGACAAUGAUUUGGAUGCUUUACGAGCUGAGCGUUUGGCGCAAUUACAGCAGCAAUAUGGUGGCAGCGGUGGCAACAAUGCAGAAAAGCAACAAGCACAACAGGAGCAGAUGCGUCAGCAGGAGGAAAUGAAGCACUCUAUACUCUCGCAAGUGCUAGACCAGCAGGCACGCGCACGACUGAAUACACUAAAAAUAAGCAAACCUGAAAAGGCACAAAUGUUCGAAAAUAUGGUCAUACGUAUGGCACAAAUGGGUCAAGUUCGUGGUAAACUUGAUGAUACCCAAUUUAAAAGUAUUCUCGAAAGUAUAAACGCUCAAAUGCCACAGAGUAAAUCAACUGUUAAAUAUGAUCGAAGACGUGCCGCCAUUGACUCAGACGAUGAUGAUGAUUAUGGUUGCUGAUUGCCGUAUGCUCUCGAGGGCUACAUAUGUAUGACAGUGGCUUAAAAUCUAAUCAAUGCAACAUUGUAGAUAAACGUAUUUAUUCACUUAAGAAUUAAAUGUUGCAUUCUCUUAUUUACGAUUAUUUGCCCCUCGCAGAAAAUUAUGAUGUUAUAAGUUAAAGCAGCUUUCAAUAUAGCCGCGUGGCCAUUCACUAUUUUUUUUGCCAG